AUGCAGGUUGUUAUUCAUGAAGAAGCUGAUGGUGAUGAUGUUGAGAAUGAAGAUGAAGAUGAUGUUGACAAUGUUGAUGACUAUGCUGAUAAGGAUGAUGAUGAGUUUGAUGAUGAUGGUUUUGAUCAUGAUGAUCAUUAUGAUUAUGAUGGGCUCGACCCUGUUGUGCAAAACGCCAUGCACAUCAAUGAUGAGAAUGAGAAUGAGAAUGAAGAUACUGAGGAUGAAGAGGCUUUGCCUCAAAGGAUGGUGAAUGAGGAUAGAGAAAGCCGGGAAAUGAUGUUUGAAGUUUCUACAUCAGGGAACCAUGCUCUGGUCAGAGGAGUAACACAGUAUGACAACAUUUUUGCUGACAAAGAAGAACAAAACAAUGAAACUAAAGAGGAAAUGGCUGAUAAAUUGGAUGGGGUAUAUAAAGAAUUACAAGAUUGUUACAAUAAAAUGAGCACAUUCUUAAAACAGUUAAAGACUGAAUAUCCAAACAGCCUCCUGGUACACAUUAAAUACUCACAAUGUCUGAGAUUGUUGGAGAACAUCUCUAAAUUUGUUGAUGAAAACGCCAAGGAAGUGCCAGCUGAAAGAGAAAAAGGUAAAAAUGAAGGUGAGGUUGAAAAUGAGGUGGUACUAGGAGAUGAAAAUGAAGAAGAAGAGGAGAUGGAGAUGGCUAAAAUAGAAAACGCCAUUGAAGUGGAAACAGUUGAUAAAAACGCCAAUGAAGUUGGAAAUGAAGGAGGAGGUGAAAAUGAAGGAGAAGGGGAGAAGGAGAUGGCUGGAAUAGAAAACACCAUUGAAGUAGAAACAGUUGAUGAAAACGCCAAUGAAGUUGAAAAUGAAGGAGAAGGAGAAGGAAAAGUGGAAGGAGAAGGAAAAGGAGAAGAGGUAGGGGAAGGAAAAAGGAGAAGAGGAAGUGGAACGGGAAGGGGUAGGGGAUGGAGAAGGAGAAGGAGAAUGGGAAGGAGAAGGGAAUAUAGCCGGAUAACAAAAUGCCAAACCCUCAACUGCUACAACAGCCACCGAUGA